AUGCACUGUUAUAUUUGGAAUCCUUUAUUUUCAAACCUUCGCAGGUUAUCUAGUUGCCGCAGUUUUAACUUAGUUUGCCAUUUUGAACCAGAUACGCCGAAGGGAGUUGGAUGUAAUCACAGGAAUAACCGUCUACCGAAGCCGUACGCAUCCAUGAUGCAACAUAUCUUCCUCAGAAGUGGCCCAUCGCAACUCGGUAGAAGGAAGCUGAACACUAUUUUGCUUUCCCGCAGAGAGAGUAAAAUGUCAGAAUCAGUAAGAAUGGCCACUCCUGAAGGACGGGCAAUCAUUUUCAAAAGGCUUAUUGAACGAAGACGAUAUUUGUGGCCGCAUGCCUGGUAG